ACGGGGCUCCCGUCAAGUGUUGAGAAUUUUUUUCUUUGGACAGUCAAGCCUACAUAUUGUCCGCGGCGUUGAACGGGAAAAACCCCUGUUCCCGUUAAAUGUUGGUGUAUUGUUCACGUUUUUGUGAAGACCGACACUAGAGUCUAGGGCCUCUGUUUGACUUGUGAGGAUUCUGGGUAGGUUCUUCUUACUACUAAUACCCAACUCAUUGCAUUGCUUCAUCAUUCUCAUCUUCUUCAUAGACUGGGUUCUGAGUAAAGUAUAAGACUGAAGUAUUUUUGUAUUGAAGCCAUUUUGAUGAUAUGGCGAUCAGCCCAAGAAGUAAAAUGGAACUGAGAAUGAAGCAGAGUAGAGAUGCUAGCCCAGACAGAGCUAAACCAAUGUGGGUUGAGCCCAAAUCGAAGGUCCCUAGAAAAGUGCAGGUUGUUUAUUAUCUCAGCAGGAAUGGCCUGCUAGAGCAUCCCCAUUUCAUGGAAGUUGCUCUCUCAUCCAAUGAAGGACUUUACUUGAGAGAUGUAAUACACCGUUUGAAUGCUCUUCGAGGAAAAGGCAUGCCAUAUCUGUUCUCCUGGUCUUCGAAAAGGAGCUAUAAAAGUGGUUACGUCUGGCAUGAUUUAUCAGAGGAUGAUAUCAUACACCGGGCGCAAGGAGAGUAUGUCCUCAAGGGCUCUGAACUCUUUGAAGGUUCCUCAGAUCGUUACCAGCAAGGCUCGACUACGAAUCUGUUGAAUCCCAAACAUCCGUUGGAAGUACCCCAUUCAAGUAGAUACCAAGAUACAGUCUCUUCUACCAGUAGGUCUCUGGUAGUCCACAAACAAAGAAUAAACAAUGGGGAAGAAAGCACAAUACAGAGAACCAACUCUCUUGGUGAUGGGCAAGGUCCUCAAAUCCCAUUUCAGGGUACUCAAAAUAUUGGCUUAAGCAGCAGAUUGAAUACAGAGAAACAUCAUAAUUAUUUAAGAGCAGGCACUAGUGCAGCUGCCGAUGCCUAUGAUCGUCGUGGAGGAGCAACACAUAAGUCAUAUGGAGGGGACUCUUCUUGGAGCCCUUUGGAGCUUGGGGAGUACAAAGUAUACAAGACAGAAUCCGUAGCUUCUACGGUGGACCAUGGGGCAGAUGUUGCAACACAGACAGAAGAAAAGAGGAGAAUCAGAUGUAUCAAAGGAGUCUCUACCGAAGAGGAAGAGGAGGAAGAAGACGAAUGUAAUUCAGCUUUGGUAGAAUCGAAAGAGAAUCGGCAUGAAGAACAGAAGCCUACAGAGCUAAGUGGUGGGGAAGUUUCUCCCCCACCUUCUUCCAGUGGAUCUCCAGGAAGCCCAAAUUCUAAAAUAAAAUCCAACAGCAAACCAAAUAGUUUUAGAUGCCAUUCUAUUGAAGAACAAAACUUUGUUAUAACCACAAGACCCAGAGCCUCUAACGUUCUCAUGCAGUUGAUCUCUUGUGGUUCAAUUGCUGUCAAGGAUCACAAUUUUGUUGGUAUUCCUUUCUCCAGGUACCAGGGAUCUUGUGAUGAAUCUAGAUCAUCCAGGCUGAAAGUAGUUUCUACUACGUCUUCUGUAUCGAAGAAGGUUACAGUCGAUGACGAAUUCCUGAGGAUGCCUGAGAACCCACGCCUGGCACAUCUUCAUCUAGAAGACAAGGAGUACUUCAGUGGUAGUAUCGUGGAGACCAAAACUGAGAAGGAAACAGAAGGAGAAGAGCCUACUUUGAAGAGAUGUGCCUCAUACAAUGCUGACAGAAGCUCCAAGUCCAAUAUUCUUGAAAGACCAAAUGAUGAGGAAAACAGUGGAGCUCGAGCUAAGUGCAUCCCCCGAAAGAUCAAAUCUUUCAAAAAGCAGCAGUCCAGGAAAGAGACGCAGAGAACUCCAUCGAAAGAGUCAAAAGAGCCUAGCAAACUAAGUAGGGUAUCCAAUGCUACUUCUGCUAUGAAACAGACAGCAGAUUGCAAUAUUGCCUCCGGUAAAAACUCAAAUAUGACAGCUGAUAGUGGUUCUCAGAGAUCAGAUUCAUUCAGGAACUCAUUCAGGGAAGAACAGAAUGUUAUCAUGAAAGAUCACGAUCAAAGGCAAUCUUCAGUAACUAUUUUGAUGGUUGAAUCGCAAGCAUUAAGUACCCAAGAAACCGAGGAAACCUCACCAACAAUUGAACUUAGGCAACAUCUGCAGGAAUGCAGGAUUUCUGAGAUGGCAGCGAAGGCAGAGCAAAAGCCCAACUCUUCUAAAGGCUCUCAAAAUUGCAAGCACCAAAACACAUCUUGACUGCCAUGCUCAUAUGUGCCAAGAUAUAGAGAUAUGAAUAUAUACGGCUAUAACCUGGAAUAAACAAUGCCUGAAGUUGAUACAAAGAAAUAUUGCACUGGCAAACGUGUAUGCACAUUAGACAUAACAAUCGCUCAGUAGAAUUGCCUACGUAGGGCUUACAGUACCCAAAUCUACAGUCCUCUUUCUGUACAUUAAUAUAGGCCAUAGAGAUUACGAUAUAAGUGUUGCAAGUGUAAUUGUAUUGGCUCUAUAUUGUGGUGUGAAGAGAUUUUGUGAUAUAUUAUACUGUAAUGAGAUGGAUGUUUGCAGCUUCUUGUAUUGGAAAUGAACUUGUCAAUUUGAUACAUCAUAGAAUGAUUAGAUGUUUUCCUGAAUGCCCAAGGGGAGGUUGUAAUGUAUAGCUGAUUGCAUUAAGAAAAUGUGAUUGAUAUUUUCAUCAAGAAA